AAGUGGCGGAGUCCUUGUUCCUCGGGACUGGUAAUCUAAUCGAUGGCAUCGGAUCUGCUGAUGCAAUCGUCCGCGCCUGAUAAUUUACUUAUGCCCUCAAGCUCCAAGCUUUCAACGAUGACGAACGAUCUACAAGCUCUUCUAGAAACUACGGGAUCUUCUUCAGCAGACGUUCCAGAGGCAGAGGCUCUCACGGCGCUCAUUCUUUCUGCUACCCAAGACGCCGGCGCGCCCAUCGUCCCACUCUCCCGAAUAUACACUGCUCUGUGCCAUGCGCCGUCUUCAAUCAAGGACGAUCUCGACACGUUGACCUUGGUGCCGUGUUUGCUCCCUUGCCUUCAACCCGCUGCAGAUGAGAUCCUAGCGGUCAUUGGAGAAUGUGCUUCUGCAAAAGAAACCGUGAUUGCUGUUCAGGAGGCGUUGGAGCAUCUUUCUGUACUCUUGGAGACGGAGGAACUCGACGAAGAGCAGCCCGGUCAAAGAUCGAAAGCAGACCAGCUCAUCUUGUUGGUCAAGCUGUGUAGCUCAGCUGUCCCGCGUCUCAGAUUACGCAAGAAAUCACCAUCAGAAACUAUCCAACCUCUUGUGCAACAGCUCCAAUCAAAUAUCGCGCUUCUGGCGACGAGUCUCGACAAAGACCAAGGCCAUGACGUUCUGGAUGCUGUCGCUUCGCUUGCUUUAAAUACGUAUCGCUGGGCCAAGAUGGUCGGUAGCGAAGAUGCAGUUGGCUGCUCGGUCAUCUUAGACGGCCUUCUUGAUACCACUCUCUCGAACUGCUCUCACUGCAUCCAGUCAUCACUGGCACAAAGAACGUUUAUGUCGCUAUAUCCGCGACUGGUCUUUCGGUCCACGAUGUCCUCCGACUGGGAACGAGGAGAGGAAGCAGUCAUGAACGUCAAGGCAACAGCGUUUUCGUCUUGGGGCCAUGAUUUCGGCUCUCCCACCCUGACGUCUCUCAUUAUUCUCGCCCAUUCUGACAUGCCACCUGCUGAAGCACAUUCAAUCUUGACGCGCCAACAGCCGGUGCUGCUUUCUUGCUUGACUACGAACGAGGCAUUGGAUGAAUGCCUGGCUCUGCUAAUGAAGACACUGCCUAACAUCGCCAGUCUGGAUCUCGAAACCAUAGCUCCGCUUUCAGGCUUGCUAUCGGUCCUGGCCAGUAACCAUCCUGACGAUCAGACUCGACACCACGCGUUUCGCAUCCUCUCCCUGGUGCUGAAGCACUCGCCUGUAGAACUCCGCAUGCAAAUUCUGCAGGACUUGACGACGGACGCGGAUUUCCCUCAGCUUCGCGUUGCUGCCAUUGGACUAGUGAAAGAAGCCGUCUUAGACGCUCUUGCGACAGCAAACAAGCCCAAUUUAUUUGCCUCGCCGAAAUUGUUACAGGCUUUCGGGCCAGUGCUUUUCCGGCCUGAUCCCAUUGACCUCUUCAGCUCCGCCGACGUAACGCUCGAUGACUUGCGGGAGUCGCAUGAACCUGCGAGGAUAACGGAAUGUCUUUCGUUAUAUUACGUUCUACUCGUUCGAGAUACAGGCAAUAGGACUGGCAUCCGGGAUCGUGAUCAGAUUUCCAAUAUCGAGAAAACGCUGCUUACACCCAUUCGAAGAACUCUUUCUCGAUGGAUGUCAGCUGACGAUACCCACAGUCAUAUCGCAGCGAUCCUGCCCAUCGUCUCGCUCAAAACGAGUCUAGAGCGCGUAGAUUCCGCAUUGCAAAAUGUGGGGUAGCUACGCUGGAGAUCCGGCACACACAAGAGGGUUCCCACAAAGGCGCUCUCAUUAGGCCUCAGAACUUACUGGCAACUCCGAAGCUCAAGAAAAAUCGUUGCAAACCACUUUUCGACCCAUCAGGCUUGAGGUGGGACGCCGCCCAGGGUUUCAAGGGAGGAGGGGCCAGAAGGAAGUUGCAAAAAAGCGGUCCACUGACAUUACAAGCGAGCUGAAUCUUCAACAAGUAUGUGCAAGGAAGACGCAAGUUGUAGGUAAUGGGACGAUAUGUAUAGCGGGCCCAUGUGAGUCGAGAACGAGAGUUGUUGGGUUAGUAGAUAAGUACAGUACACUAUGAAGCAAUGUAAGGUGUGAACGUAACCAAUAAACAAUGUCACGAAAGGAAAUUUGGGUACCAACGGAUCAUGCCUUCGACUUUUUCUUCCGGUCCUUCUCCUUGACGGCAGAUUUCCGUGCAGGCGGAGGUGGGCUUGCCUUUUUUGUCUUCUUCGGUGGAGGCUGGUUGUCCUCUUCAUCUUCCUCUUCGUCCUCGUCCUCAUCCUCUUCAUCCGAGGCUACGGAUGAGGAAGCGGCGGCUGCCAUGCGUUUGAUGGGAGGAGCAUCUUCUUGAUCCGACUCGGUACUUUCCUCCUCAUCGGAGGCGAGGACAACAGUGGGAGAGAGCGCAGCGACAGCGGUCGUCUUGGGUUUGCGACCACGGGGCUUUUUCUUGGCCUUGAGAACACAUUAGAAAUUGGGUACGAAGGGAUGAACGCGGAACGCACAGCAGCGGCAGCAGCUGCCUCGGCGUCUGCGCGAGCAACCUCUUCGGGCGAGCGCGCGUCGUACGCGGUCUUCGCGGCAGCGUAAAGCGCCUUCUCUUUCGCGACACGAUCAUUGUAGACCUGGGACGCGUCAGACACGCGUGCCGUCGCGAAAAUAGUGAACGAACCGCUUUCUGCGCCUCAGACAUGUCCUGCCAUUGAGUCUUGAUCAUAUUCAACAACUCGGUGUUGGUGGAUUCGGGAAAGCGUUCCUUGAGGUCCUUGCGCACUUCGUUCUGAAAGUGCAAGUACGAGGAUGCGGGACGCUUGGGUGCGUUGGGGUCCUUCUCCUUCUUGGUGCCACGCUUGCGCUUGCCGUUCGCAUGCUCGUCGUCGUCUUCGUCGCCCUUGCUGCCCUUGAGCAAGCCGCCAGACUUUUGGAAGGAAGCGGCGAAGUCUUCGGCCAGUUUCGCGCACUGGCGCAUAGCAAGCGAGGCAGACUCGAUACUCGCACAGGACGAUCUCAUGGCUGCAGCUGCAGCUUCGAGCCCUGCCACCAUCUGAGACGUGGAUGAGAGCCUGAGAUUCAAGGAAGGGAAAGGUACUGACAUCUUUGCGGCGCUGGUCAACGUCGGCCAUGAUUUAGAAUGGUACCGUAAGUGGGAGAGAG